GUUUUACGUACGCAGGUGUAAAAUAAAUUGUUUUUAGUUAUAAUAAUAUGGCUGAGUUGGAUAUUGACAAUCUUAUAUAUAGACUAUUAGAUGUAAGAAAUGGACCACCAGGAAAAAAUGUAACACUAAAAGAAGAUGAAAUUAAAAAUUUAUGUUACAAGACUCGUGAAAUAUUUUUACAACAGCCCACAUUAUUGGAAUUGGAAGCUCCACUCAAAAUAUGCGGGGACAUCCAUGGACAGUAUUAUGAUUUAUUAAGAGUAUUCGAAUAUGGUGGUUUCCCACCUGAAGAGAAUUAUUUAUUCCUGGGGGAUUAUGUAGAUCGAGGCAAACACUCAAUUGAAACUAUAUGCUUAUUAUUUUGUUAUAAGAUAAAAUAUCCAGAAAAUUUUUUCCUUCUGCGAGGAAACCACGAAUGUGCCUCAAUAAAUAGGAUUUAUGGCUUUUAUGAUGAGUGUAAAAGAAGAUUUUCGAUAAAAUUGUGGAAAACUUUUGCUGAUUGUUUUAACUGUCUUCCAAUAGUUGCAAUUAUUGAUGAAAAAAUAUUCUGUUGUCAUGGAGGUCUUAGCCCAUCUCUCUUCAACAUGGACCAAAUACGCAAUAUUAAAAGACCUGUCGACGUCCCGGACGAAGGAUUACUUUGUGACUUACUGUGGUCAGAUCCAGAACCACAAUUGAGUGGUUGGGGCUAUAAUCAACGAGGUGUUUCUCAUACAUUUGGAGAAGGUGUGGUUAGCCAAUUUCUACAAAAACACGAUCUGGAUUUGAUUUGUAGGGGACAUCAGGUUGUUGAAGAUGGAUACGAGUUUUUCGCAAUGAGACAGCUAGUGACCUUAUUUACAGCUCCAAAUUAUUGUGGAGAGUUUAGAAAUGCUGGCGCCAUGAUAUCCGUUGAUGAGAGUUUGAUGUGCACAUUCAAGAUUAUAAAACCUGCAGAUAAAUUGCCAGGGCAUGAAUUUAAAGGACUUAAUUCUGGUAUACCAGCAAAACCUCAAAGGAAUUGGCAAUACAUAAAAAACGAAUAAUACUAGAUAUACAAUAGGUGACUUAAGUGCUACUUUGUAACUAAAAAAUUAAUAAAGACUCAUUACUUACAAUAA